AUGGGCAGCUUCCUGGGCUCGCCCCAGCCGCCGCCACAGCCCCCAGCCCGUAGGCACCCGAAGCCCCGACCCGCUUGGGUGCAGGACAGUGUCCAGCACGUCCACAGUGAAAGUCAGGUCUCCAGUGGAUCCACUCCCAAGGCGCCGCCCUACUGGAACCUGGACCAGCCCCGCAGGGUGGUCUCCGGGACGUGGCGGCGCUCCCCGGCCCAGUCACCCCCAGAGACCCCCGUGGGGCCUGAUAUCUUCAGGGCCUGGGAGACUUACAAGAACCGGUGGCUCUGGGGUGCCCGGAAUCCUAGGCGGACCUGCAGUGCGGUGACCAUCAAGAUUGCUCCUCCUGAGAGCAGGGGCAGCCCCCUGGCCUCCUCCAGGCUGGGGACCCUUUCAGCAGGAUGCUUGGGUGUGGAAUCGCGCCCCGACCCCUGCGCCCAAGAAACCGUGCUCAGGGCGCUCAGCCAGUGCAAGAAGGGCAACAGGAAGUUCAAUGGGCCACUGGGGUUUGAGAUACCUGAAGUCAAGGGCAGGAGGCAGAACCCAGAGCCCAGGCCAUCUGCCUUCAAGCCCCGGGUAAAAAAUGGAGUGGUGGCUUCCUUUGUGCCCAGACCCGGGCCUCUGAACCAAAGUCAGCGCUCCUGGAGCCUCGAUGUCUGCAAAGAGGUGACUGAGCCCCGGCCUUACCUCCAGCCCGCCAUGGGAACAACGCCUGCGCAGGGCCCAGAGUCUUAUCUGGAGAGCUGA